UGACAAAGACAAAGUCACCUGACAGCUGUAUCGCUCCAAGUUACUGUUACGUUUAGUUUUUUAGCUGUUCGUGGACUUUUUGAGUGAUUCAGAUGAUAGACAGAGCUAGAGCUCUCUGCUCUUUUUGCAACUUUCAACUUCCCGCCUUCCCCUAUUUUUGUUGUUGUUUUUGUUUUUCGCGUUUGUCGGCUGCCGAGUAGUCCUUGUCUUUGUUUGUUUACAAUUUUACAUGUUUACCUUAGUCAAGCCGUCUUGCUGGUGGUUUGUGGUUUCGUAUAUCGCUGAUCAUAGCUAUUCCGUGUCGACUGCCUGUCGCGUCUAUCGACUGCCCCUUGAGCCGACCCCGGAGUUAUUAGUCACAGGAAAUUAGACUGUACAAAGUUCAGAGUAGGGCCUCAGCUCGUUGUUGGUUGUGGUAGGCAAUGACAAUGUCGGCAAUCUCUUCAAAUUCUGUUGAUGAACCUCCUCGUAAAAAAGAAGAUGUAUCAACAACAACUGAUGGUGACCUUUCAUCUGACAAAAGCCACGUAUUUCUUGACAUUCAAGUCGGUUCCAUCCCAUAUGGGCGAAUUGUUAUAGAGCUCUUUUGGGAAAAAGCUCCUCGUACAUGUGAAAAUUUUUACCAGCUCUGUGUUGGAACUCAAAGGUCAGGAAGAAAUUUGACUUACAAGGGAACAUCAAUACAUAAAAUUUUUCCUAAUUUGUUGAUACAAGGUGGAGAUGUUAUUAACAAACAUGGGUGUGGAGGAGAAAGUAUAUAUGGUCCAACGUUUGAAGUUGAAAGCUUUGAAACAAAGCUUGAAGCAGGUGUUAUUGCCAUGACCAGCAAAGACAAGAGCAGCAAUUCCUCCCAAUUCUUCAUAUGCCUCAGAGACUGCCAUCAUCUGCAAGAUUCACAUGUAGGAUUCGGAAUAGUGAGAAAAAAUCUCCAACUUCUUGAAGAAAUUGGUAACCUUCCCCAUAAUACUGAAAAUGAACCACUCAAACGUAUUCUGAUUGUGGAUAGUGGAUCAUUGCCUAAAAAUCCUCAAAACUGGAACUUUUAUGAAAAUGAUGGACUUGAUAAGUAUCCUCCCUAUCCAGAAGAAUUUGAUGUACCUAACUCAUCUAUGAAUUGGUUAGAGGUUAUCAAGAAUAUAAAAGACCAGGGCAAUAUUCAUUACAAGGAAAGGAACUAUGAAGCAGCUAUGCGAAAGUACAAUAAAGUACUUCGCUACUCACCAUGGGCAACAAGAAUUAAUGAGGCCAAAUCUGAAGACUGCAAUGAAUUAUCUGUUUAUGCCCUCCUCAACAUGGCUGCUUCAGAAAAUAACUGUAAAAAUUUUAGAGCAGCCCGUCAAUUUUGCUCUAAGGCUCUUCUGAUCUCACAAGAAUGUGCAAAAGCUUAUUUUCGCAGAGGACAAGCCAAUUUGGGGUUACAUGAUUAUGACGCAGCUCUAGAUGAUCUGAAUGCGGCUCUAAAGCUGGAACCUUCUAACAGUAGGAUUCGGCAGGAGAUUGAAAGAGUUAAGAAAACCAAACAUAAUUCUAAGAAUGCAGAAAUACAACGUUAUGCCACAAUUUUCAACAAUAACAUGUAACAAAUAAAGUUGUCUUCUUUUCUUACUGUAAUAUUUUAUUGUUAUUUUUUAUAACUGAGAUUUUUGAUGUCUGAUGUUUGUCCGUUACAUUAAUGGGAAGUACUCUUUUAAAAAAUCUAUCCAUUUUCUUUGAAAUUAUUCAAAUAAGGUAUGGUGGCUAGUUUUCAGUUUGAUCACUGUAAUAAUUUAUGCAAUUAGUUUUUGUGAAAUUAAUUUGUUACUAUUUUACUAGAAAUUUAUUGUUUAUUACCAAUAAAAGAUUUACUUGCUUUAGCCUA